GUCAGUGAAACACUCUAGUGUAUUCAUUCAUACUUCUAAAAAAAAAAGAAAUAUAAAGCAAGACGCGAACACGAAUUCCAGCAUUGAUCAGACCAUAAAUCCCCAGAAAAAAUCCCUGAUAUGCCGGUGACACCAGCUCACACCCCUCCGGAUGGGGAAUGGGGAUGGGUAGUUGUCUUUGCUUCAUUCAUUUCAAUUGGGUUCUCAUAUGCAUUUCCCAAAGCCAUUACGGUAUUCUUUAAAGAAAUCCAGGAGAUAUUCAACACCUCAUACAGUGAAAUUGCAUGGAUAUCCUCCAUAAUGCUGGCAGUCAUGUAUGCUGGAGGCCCAAUAAGCAGUAUUCUGGUAAACAAGUAUGGGAGCCGUCCAGUUGUAAUAGCAGGGGGAUUACUAUGCUCCUCGGGAAUGAUUGCUGCUUCAUUUUGCAACAGUGUCCUUCAGUUAUACAUUUGUAUUGGAGUCAUUGGUGGUUUUGGAUUAGCAUUUAAUCUUCAGCCUUCUCUAACAAUUAUUGGAAAAUACUUCUGCAAAAAACGGCCUAUUGCAAAUGGACUGGCUAUGGCAGGAAGCCCAGUAUUUUUAAGUACUUUAGCACCACUAAAUCAGUUUCUUUUCAAUAAAUUUGGAUGGAGAGGAAGUUUUUUAGUGUUAGGAGGACUGCUGUUAAAUUGCUGUGUGGCUGGAUCUCUCAUGAGGCCCAUUGGACCUAAAGCUAUACAAAAAGAUGAAGAGAAAGCAGAGAAGUUGACAGCAUGUCAGAAUAUUAACAAAUAUCUAGAUUUAUCUCUUUUUAAACACAGGGGGUUUCUUAUAUAUCUAUCUGGGAAUGUUAUCAUGUUCCUGGGCUUCUUUGCUCCAAUUGUUUUCUUGGCACCAUAUGCCAAACACAUGGGAAUUGAUGAGUAUUCAGCUGCUUUUUUACUGUCUAUAUUGGCUUUUGUUGACAUGGUAGCAAGACCUAGCAUGGGAAUGGUUGCAAACUCUAAGUAUGUCCGUCCAAGGAUACAAUAUUUUUUCAGUUUUGCAAUUUUAUAUAAUGGUAUAUGCCAUAUCAUGUGCCCCUUUGCUAACGACUACACAGGAUUAGUGAUAUACGCAAUAUUUUUUGGCUUUGCUUUUGGUAUGGUAAGCAGUGUUCUCUUUGAAACGUUGACGGACCUAGUUGGAGCACCAAGAUUCUCCAGUGCGGUUGGACUUGUAACCAUUGUGGAAUGUUGCCCAGUAUUAAUUGGACCUCCACUGGGAGGCUGGUUGGUGGACAUAACCGGAAACUACAAAUACAUGUACUUUGUAUGCGGUGUAAUUGUUAUUGUAGCAAGUGUCUAUUUGUUCAUUGGGAACGCUAUCAAUUACAGAUUACUGGCAAGAGAAAAGUUGGCAAAUAAAACAGAAAAUGCAGCAAAAGAGGCUGAAGCUUUGAACACCCCAAACUCGGUUGAUGUAGUCAAAAAGCAAUCCAAUGAACAGACUAAUUCAUCUGAACGAGAAACUAGUAUAUAAUCAGAACUUGUAUUUAUUGUUAGUAUUUUAAAAAAGGUAAUAUGCAAGUAUUAUACAGAACUCAGAAAAUGGUACUGUGAGCAUUAUGAUGUAAAGACCUGCAGGCAUCAUGUACUGUAAAUUACAUUUGGUUAUUUUAAGACAAAGUCAAAUGGGAGCUUUAAUUUUUUC